AUGUCCAAAGUGGUGCGCAGUGUGAAAAAUGUGACCAAGGGUUAUUCGUCGGUGCAAGUCAAGGUUCGAAAUGCAACGAGCAAUGACCCUUGGGGUCCAACCGGUACGGAGAUGGCAGAGAUUGCCUCGAUGACCUUCAGCAGUCCCACCGAUUUCUACGAGAUCAUGGAUAUGCUGGAUAAACGGCUGAAUGACAAGGGCAAAAAUUGGCGCCAUGUGUUGAAGUCGCUGAAAGUCUUGGAUUACUGUCUCCACGAGGGUUCGGAACUCGUAGUUACAUGGGCCCGCAAGAAUGUCUACAUAAUCAAGACCCUGCGCGAAUUCCAGUAUAUCGAUGAGGAUGGACGCGAUGUGGGCCAGAACGUUCGCGUGGCGGCCAAGGAACUCACCUCCCUCGUCAUGGACGAAGACCGAUUGCGAAGCGAGCGAUCUGACCGGAAGCUGUGGAAGACACGAGUGAGCGGUCUGGAUGAACACCCUAGCUAUGGCAAUGAGCUAUCCCCCCGCCGAGCAGAGCGACGCGAACGCCGGCGUCCCGCGGACGAUGAAGACGCAGAAUACCGCUUGGCAAUCGAGGCGAGCAAGCAUGAGGCCGAAGAGGAGCGAAAGCGGCGGGCCAGAGAUGCCAUGGGAGUGGAUGAUGACGAGGACCUGGCCAAGGCGAUCAAGCUGAGCAAAGAAGAAGAGGAACUCCGGAAGCGUGAGCUGGAAGAAAGCAAUGCGCAGUCGCUGUUCGAUGAUACCCCCGUGCAGUCGACCCCAGCCCAACCUACUGGCUACAACCAGGGAUACCAGCAACAGAGCGCCGUCGACUGGUUUGGCAAUCCGAUCAAUACCCAGCAACCCUUGACGACCGGGUACCUGAAUAACCAAUAUGCGCAGCCGGCUGGCUUCCAAGGCCAGGCCACUGGCAUGCCCAAUGGAUACACUAACGGAUUCUCGACACAACAACAGCCCGCCAUCUACGAUCAGAAUCCGUACGGCCAGCCGAUGAAUAACUUUUUGCAACCGCAAGCCACCCUGCAGCCACAACAUACCGCCGCCUUCAAUACGAACAACCCCUAUGGCACCGACAUGUAUUCCCAGCAGCAACAGCAACAGCAGCCACAACAGCUCCAGGACAACUUCCUCGCGCCGGGCCACAACAACCCGUGGGCCACCGGCGGUCCGCAGUCCGCCGAUGCCUUGAAGCCAAUGCCCACGGGAUCGAACAACCCAUUCGCCGCUCGAACUCAGCUACAGACCCGACCAGCCACUUCGACGGGACCUCCGUCGCUGAACACGCUGGCAGAGGAGCGCGUAACCAACCAAUUCUCGACCGUCAACCCGAUCGCCAACUACCAAGCUCCCAUGGCCCCGGCUCCACCGAAGAGCACGCCGCCCACGAAUGAUCCUCACCACAAUCGCCUGAAUGCCCUCCUGGCGACGGGAGAGGGACAGGAUACGUUUGGCAACGUGGGUGAUCUACGAAUUCCCGCGCAGCAUACGGCUCCGGGCACCUUUGUCAAUUCGGCAGGGCAAGGAUUAGACCGUCUACGGACCAGCCAAACGGGCAACAACCCAUUCUACAGCCAGCAACAGCAAUUUGUACCGCAGCAGACUGGGUUUGCAAAGCCUACCAAUAACCCCUGGGGUGGGCAGCCUGCGUACCCGCAGCAACAGCAGGCGGGGGGUAGUUUGAUAGAUUUGUAG